AGUAGGCGAUGUAAAAGAGCACGGAGAGACUAGUAGUCUGUCGCGAUCUCGCGCCUCGAACUGACGCAACCCUCCGGUUCGUACGGGUGUCAGCCACGUGCUUUUUAGCCCUCUUUCAACUUGCAAGGCGUUUGGUUGACUCAAGCCCGCAGGGUCGGGACAUAAAGCGUGUUGUAAAACAAUAUGAAGUAAUCUAACAAUUUAACAUUAUAGGAAUAUUUUCAUCGAAAGAUGUUUCCUUAUCAGUUGGUUUUUAAUGUUCCUAAUAUUGAAAGAAAAUUCGCCGCUACGACUUCGUUAGAAUCGAAAAUCGCCUGUAAAUGAUGAAUAAUUACAAACGCCAAGUGAAUAAUUUAAAUAAAAUUGCGCAAGAUGAAUGAUAUGUCGUCCCCUAGGCACCAAAUAGGUGUUUCAGUCCCAGGGGGCGGUAAUGUUGGUCCAUAUGGAACGUACCAUUCCAGUACUAGUCAGUUACAUCGAGUCCCUAGCGAAAUUUAUUCCAUGGGGGAGCAGUACAGAUCUCGUUAUUGCCUGUAUCCUGCACCACCAGCAUACGAUCGCCACCAAAGACCCUCGACGAUGAUACGAGAAAGGAGCUACCAAGACGUUAGUUCUCGUGAAGAUGAUUACUACAAUCCGACUGUCAAAGAACGGGAAUAUUUAGAAUGUGAAGACAGUGAUCGCCACUAUAACUCCCUAAAUUUAUAUGGGCCAUACGAAGCAAGUUUUAUUAGGAGAAAUUCAUGCGGACUUGGAUCGAAUAGAUACAGUACUUCUACUGGUACUUACAGUUCGAAUUCUGCCUACUAUAAUAGUACCACAGCUUCAUAUAAUUCCGGUGCAAACGUUCAUAAUCCACCCAAAACACAUGACAACGGAGUAGAAAGAUUCGUUGGUUUUUCAAACGGCUACGAGAAGGAGAAAGGUGGCUCAUCAGGACCAGUAGCAAAUACUGAAAGUGAUAAAAAUGAUAAAGGAAACAUAUCACCUAAAAGAAUCACAACGAGUAAUCCCGAUAGUAACACGUACGAUGGUCAUAAUAAGAGUUACGAGGUCGAGGUCGAACAGGAUACGAGAUCGUGCUGGUGCUUUUCCAAAGAACCCACAACUUUUAGUCAAGCGAUUACUAGGACUUCUAAUCAAGUAACUAAUCGAGUAUCAACGCAACUAGUAGGUCAACCUGCUCAAAAUAUCGACCAGAAAUCAACUAGUAACAGAACUGCUGAUCAAAAGUCAAAACGAACUUCUCGAUCUAAUAGUGAAUUCGAUAACAAAAGUGCUAAAAGACUGUCUAGUGAUUUAAACCAAUCUCCGAAGACUUGCCAGAAAAUGUGUUGCAAGUCGUCAGUAAUGGUCGCCAUUCUCAUGGGACUGGUUGUCACCUUCAUAGCUGUAUCAACGGUGCUAUUCUACACGAAUUAUUCAUCCCUGAAAGUGCCCCCUAAACCUAUCAUUGAUGAACCUUGUGCAAAAACGUUUUGUGCUUGGGGCGCACAUUGCGUAGUAAAUUCAGAUGGAAGAAGCAGCUGCCAGUGUCCUACAAAAUGCAAGGAUAUCUUCGAUCCCGUCUGUGGAACAGAUGGAAAAACCUACCGAAAUUUGUGCAUAUUAAAAAUGACAACAUGCAAAGCCCGUUCUAGCACAAGACUUUCGCACAUCGGGUCCUGUGAAAUAAAAGAUCCAUGCCAUGAGAAAGUUUGUAACUUCGGCGCUCAAUGUGUACUGUCUCCGGAUGGAAAAGAGGCAAAUUGCAAAUGUCCGGAUGCAUGCCACAGCUAUGGAGAUCACGUUAUGUCAAGACCAGUUUGUGGUUCAGAUGGAAUCGACUAUAAGAAUAUGUGUGAGCUGAACAAAGCGGCCUGCAAAUCUAAUUCCAAUAUAACGGUCAAAUUUCAAGGGAGAUGCG